CACCAUUUACUUCCUGUCGUAAAGUGCAACAGUGUAGAAAUUGCGUUUUAAGCGUCUGGCGUCGCUACAUCUGGCGGUUUUUUAAAUUUUCAAACAUUGUCUUUUGAUUUGAUCGAAGGAAAACUAUAAAGACUCUGUAUGACGGAGCGGAACAUUUACAGGAUAGGACAAUGUUGUCUUAGCGAGACGGAGUGACUCCGUGGAUUCCGUGAAAGAUCCCAGCUCUUGUCUGUUUCGGAGGAUACCCGAGCAAGGGAACUGGAGUAUCAUGUCGCUCGCCCCGAAGGAGCUUUCCAACCUGCUGGGGAUUAUUUCCGAGGAUGCUUGUACCAACACAUUUGAGAACUUAUCUACAGCUUUCCACCACUGCUUCGGCAAGGCCGAACACUUUCGAGUGGGUUCGGUGUUAGUGAUGUUACUUCAGCAGCCCGACCUUCUCCCGACGUCUCCACAGCGGCUCACAGCCCUUUACCUUCUCUGGGAGAUGUAUCGGACCGAACCGCUGGCUGCUAACCCAUUCGCUGCCGUUUUUGCCCACCUGCUUAACCCAGCACCGGUUGGCGAGGAGCAGGAAAAGCCGUUAUCAGGAUUUCUUCCACCUAUAACUUUGCCAGAAAAAUUCUUUCUGUCUCAACUGAUGUUGGCUCCACCUCGGGAACUUUUCAAGAAGACUCCACGGCAAAUCUCAUGCAUGGAUGUUGGAAAUAUGCCUCAGUCAGUUGAUAUAAGUGGACUCCAACUUGCAUUAGCAGAACGACAGUCGGAACUGCCAACUCAGAGUAAAGCCAGCUUUCCCAGCAUCCUCAAUGAUCCAGAUCCAGAUUCAUCUAACUCGGGAUUUGACAGCUCUGUGGCCAAUCAGAUUACAGAAGCCUUAGUCAGUGGGCCUCGACCCCCAAUUGAAAUUUUUACAGCCUUCAAAUACAUUAAUUGGCAUUCACAAGCAAGUCCAGUUUCCUUGAGUUACACUUUUUCCAGUUUUUCCAACUUGGCAGGUCAUUUUCGGCCAGAAUUCAUUCGUCCACCUCCACCUCUUCAUGUGUGUGAUGAUGAACUGGUAUGGCUUAACCCUUCUGAGCCUGACCAUGCUAUACAAUGGGACCGUUCUAUGUGUGUGAAAAACAGUACAGGUGUGGAGAUUAAGAGGAUUAUGUCCAAGGCUUUUAAAAGCCCUCUUUCUGCACAACAACAGACUCAGCUUCUCGGAGAACUUGAAAAAGAUCCUAAACUGGUAUAUCACAUUGGUCUCUCACCCUCCAAACUUCCUGACCUAGUAGAAAACAAUCCUUUGGUUGCAAUUGAGAUGUUGCUGAAACUGAUGCAAUCAAGUCAGAUCACAGAGUAUUUUUCUGUCCUUGUAAAUAUGGAUAUGUCUCUUCAUUCUAUGGAGGUUGUAAAUAGGCUCACAACAGCAGUUGAUCUCCCUCCUGAAUUCAUCCAUUUAUAUAUUUCAAACUGCAUUUCCACCUGUGAACAAAUCAAAGACAAGUAUAUGCAGAAUCGACUGGUACGCCUUGUCUGUGUCUUCCUUCAGUCUUUGAUUCGAAACAAAAUCAUAAAUGUUCAGGACCUGUUUAUAGAAGUUCAGGCAUUUUGUAUUGAAUUCAGCCGUAUCAGAGAAGCAGCUGGACUGUUCCGCCUUCUGAAAACACUGGACACCGGGGAGAGUCCUUCUGAAGCCAAACCCAGCAAAUAGGGGGUUGCUGUUCGAUUUGAAAGGCACUUGGGCGGAAUCAAUACAGUCUCAGAUUUCUUUGUACAGAUUUUACUAUGUGGCUUGCAUAUCCUCCUCCAUGGAAUUUGACAUCAACAGUGUUGCGAGAGAAAUCAUUUUUACACUUUCAUGAGAACUGUUUUCGGUUACUCAACAGACUUUAUUUCUUUUAUUUUUGUUUGUUAAUUUUAAUGUAUCUUUAAUCAACACCAACACUGUCAUGUAAUAAAUAAGUUGAACAGA